GGAAGCAGCGGGGAGGGGAGGAGCGGCGGAGCCCGGGAGCGGCCAGGACUCGGCACUUUCAGGUUUCCAAGCCCAAGAGUUUUCAGACGCUGCAGUCAUGCAAAGCACAUCGAACUACCUGUGGCUCAUCUCUGACAUCCUUGGGCAAGGAGCCACUGCUAAUGUCUAUCGUGGACGGCAUAAGAAAACCGGUGACCUGUAUGCUGUCAAAGUAUUCAACAACAUCAGCUUUCUGCGUCCGAUUGAAGUACAGAUGCGGGAGUUUGAGGUCCUCCGGAAAUUGAACCAUAAAAAUAUUGUGAAACUCUUUGCAGUAGAAGAGGAGGUCUCCAGCAGAAAUAAAGUACUCGUCAUGGAGUUUUGUUCAUGUGGAAGCCUGUACACUGUGCUGGAGGAGGCAGGCAAUGCAUUUGGCCUACCCGAAUCCGAGUUCCUGAUUGUAUUGCGAGAUGUGGUGGCAGGCAUGAACCACUUGCGAGAGAAUGGGAUAGUCCACAGGGACAUCAAGCCCGGAAAUAUCAUGCGUGUAAUCGGGGAGGAUGGACAGUCGGUUUACAAGCUCACUGACUUCGGAGCAGCCAGAGAAUUGGAGGAUGACGAACAGUUUGUCUCGCUUUAUGGAACUGAGGAGUAUUUACAUCCAGAUAUGUAUGAACGAGCAGUGUUAAGAAAACCUCAGCAGAAAAUGUAUGGAGCAACUGUCGAUCUCUGGAGCAUUGGGGUUACAUUUUACCACGCAGCAACUGGAAGUCUCCCAUUUCGACCUUACGAGGGACCCCGCAGGAACAAGGAAGUAAUGUACAAAAUAAUCACAGAAAAACCUCCAGGAACGAUAUCCGGAGUUCAGAAAUCAGAAAAUGGGCCAAUUGUUUGGCAUCAUGAGCUGCCACUGUCUUGCACCCUUUCCAGAGGCCUGCAGUCCCUGUUGACGCCUAUCCUGGCAAACAUUCUUGAAGCUGAUCAGGAGAAGUGCUGGGGUUUUGAUCAAUUUUUUGCAGAAACCAGUGAUGUUUUGCACAGGAUAGUGAUACACGUCUUCUCUCUGCAGCAAGUGACAUUGCACAAGAUUUACAUUCACAGCUACAACACCACUCAUCUAUUUGCUGACUUGGUCUAUAAACAGACGGAGAUUGCACCCCAUCUGCAAGAAUUGAUCUUUGAGGGCCAACACCUUGAACUGGAACCCAAUAUACAAGCUCACAAUUUCCCCAAAACCUCUGAGGAUAACCCUCUAAUACUUGUGAGCAGAGAGGUCGUGAGUGCAGUGGGAUUGAUCUACCAGGAACUCUCACUUCCAAAGUUACAUCCUCGUUAUGAUUUGGAUCUUGACGUGUCCUGCACAAAGGGUAUAACUGGCGUUGUCUGCCAAGCACAGAAAAUAGCCUCCAGACUUUUGCAGUACCAGGAGCUGGUGCGAAAAGGUGUUCGGUGGAUAAUUCGAAUCACCAUGGACAACUUUCGUGAAACUUUGCACAAGAAGACUGAAGUUAUUCUGAAGCUAAACUUCUGCAUGGCCACUGUUGAGAGAGCCAGGAAUAUAUACAACAGUUUGCAGCAGACAAACAUACUGUCAUCGGAAUUGGAAGAGAUACCAGAAAUUCACAACAAGCUUCUACGUUUGGCAGGAUCUAUGGAAUCCAUUAGCCAUGAUAUGAAGGAUAUUGAAGGCACGUUCUUACCUGGCAGUCAGUUGUCGGAUCAUUGGGCUUAUCAUGAAGGGACACAUCCUGAAGACAGAAAUAUUGAAAAGCUUCAGGUACUUCUGGACUUGAUAACUGAAAUCUAUCAUCAAUUCAAAAAGGAUAAAGCAUUGCACAAGCUGCCUUAUAACGAGGAGCAGAUUCACAAAUUUGACAAACAGAAGAUGUGGCUGUCUGCUUCAAAAGCCAUUUCCUUGUUCAGGGAUGAAUGUGUUGCAAAGUAUCAGGCAUUUCUAGAUGUGGCAGAUGACUGGAUGAAGAAGAUGCACUUUCUGAGAAAGCAGGUGUUGAGCAUUGCAAAUCAGUUUGGGAGCAUUGAGCAGGAGGUGUUCACGUACCAGGAACACAUGAAAAAGCUACAGGAGCUGCUUCCUCAGAAAGCACUCGCAGCAACAUACAGUGACUGGAAACCUCCUGGGACCCUUGGCUACCCAAGUCAGAAUACCUUGAUGGAAAUGACCAUUGGAAUGAAGAAACUGAAGGAAGAGAUGGAGGGAGUUGUUAAAGAGCUUGCUGAGAAUAAUCACAUCUUGGAAAGGUUUGGAGCUUUGACUGUGGACGGAGGAAUUCAGAACACCAAUCGUCUCUGAACUGGAAUGCGCAAUGUACCGUUCACCAGAAACCACUGUCCCUUCCAGUUAUCAGCCCUAGUGUACCCUGCUCUAAACCUUUUUGUUUUCGAAGACUGUGAAAGUUGAGCCUGAAAUGUACAUAGAAGCUGGGCUGAUUAUUUCCCCCUUUUUGUUAUGACCUUGGUGUAAUGUUUUUAUUCCAAUCCAUGCUGUCCACAUCAAAAUAAUAGCAAAAUCUUAUAACAGUGUUUCCCCUGUCCCCAAAUGUACUUGUUCUGCAGGGUGUGCUCUGCUUGUUAGUGACUUACAAAGAAAUGUCUUGUUCACUCUAUUUGGAACAGCUCCUGAUAAUUAUUUGACGCCGGUUUUGGUGAAAUGGCCUGAGGUGCCUCAUGGUGGUGGUCAGAGCUAAAUGGCAGGGGGAUGGAAGGAUUGAGGAAACUGGUCAGAAAUAUGGUUGAUAAACUGAGUUGAAGACCCCCCCCACUCCAGAGGUUGGGCAGGAGUGGGGUGGGGAAGAUGACAAAGGGUGCGUCACAGGUGCCCAUGUACACCCUCCACUUCUCUACCGAGUCCCUGCUGGGUGUUACCUGGUGCAAAGUCACCCUUGGACUUGCAGAACUGUCUAAUGGGGGCUAUGACUUUGAUACGUGCUUUUCAAACUUUUAACUCUUUGUUUAUUAAAUCUGUGGGGACGGGGCAAAGGAAUUAAUACUUAGGCGAUGCUCUGUCAUAUCUCCACAGACAGUAGCUUCACAUGAGACCAAUGUUGAAAGUGAUGAAAGCAGUUUGUUCACGUUGUUUAAUCUAUGAACCUGGAACCCAAGUGAUUAGUUGAAUGGCUGUUUGUCCUUUUCUAAAGAGUGUGAAUACAGCCCCUCUUGUUUGUAUAUAUGUAUAUAAUUGUAUGCAUAACCUACACCUUCUAUUGAAUAGAACAGAGUGCACAGAUGGAAGCUGAGCUUAUUUUAAAAGAAAUUGGAAAACUAAAGGUGUUAGUGAUUUUGUUUAAUUUCCCAGUUUGUGAAUGUGAUGUGAGCAUUACUGACCAAGCCUGCGUGUAUUGCUCAUCUCCAAUUACUCUGAAGGAGGUAAUGGUGAGCUUCUUGAGUCGCUGCAGUGUGUGUGUAGGCCUCUCAAAGGCCCUUGUGGUGAGAUUGCAGCAUUUUCAAUGAGCACCACACAAGGAGUUAACCACACAAGAAAGACAGAAAUGGCUGGAGAAACCCAGCAGGCCUGGCAGCAUCUGUGGAGAGAAAGCAGAGUUAACAUUGUGACCUUUCUUCAGAACCCUGGAGUUCCCAAAUUAAGGAGCUGGUGUUGAAGGAGCUUUGAUGAAGCCUGUUGAUGGAAGAUGUUGCACGUUGCUGCCAAUGAGCGCUGCUGGUGGAAGUGAGUGUUUGAGGAGGUGAAUUUGGUGCAGUUGUGUAGGUUGGGUCAUUUUUCACCUCUUGAGUGUUGUUGGAGCUACCCUCGUUCAGGCUAGUGGAGAGCAUUCCAUCACACUCCUGACCUGUGCCUUGUAGAGUCAGGAGGUAAGCCACUCGCUGUAGAAUUCCCAUCCUCUGCCCUGCUCGUGUAGUCACAGUAUUUAUAUGGCUGGUUUAUUUAAAUUUCUCAUUGUCAGUGACCCAGCAGGAUGUUUAUGUCAUGUAUUGUGUAACUGUAUAAACUAACUCUCGCUCACUGUUUAAAAAUACUGCCUAGUCUGUAUAAUGAGAUUGCACUCCUAGUGUAGUAAUAUUAAAAUAGUAUUUCCUGUUGUCUCUGUAAAUUACAUUAAAAAAAUAUAUUUUCAAACUCUUAUAGUCAAUGAUACAUUUGAAUUUGUUUAUGGGGCAAACUGCUGCCUGGAUAAAUUGACCAAAGGUAUUCUAAUGCUGACUGGAUAAAUACUGGAGCAAAUAAUAAAUAUUUUUGAUUUCGACAUGUGUAAGUCUCUUGUGAUACACUUGAGAGCUGCAGAAUUAAUCAAGGUUAUACUUUUAAUAAAGUACAGAAACAGA